UACUCUUUCCUCCUCCUGUAGGCGAUGCAGCCAAGUGGAAGUAGCGCGCAUCGGCGCCGCGGACGCACGAACCUCCGCACCUGCCCUUGGACACACUAAACCCAAAUUACGCGUGUGUCAAACUCAAGAGGGUUUUUUUCGUCUUCUUUCUGUGCUUGUUUCCUCCACCGACGUGAUCCUCGUCAAGGAUGCCCGGAGCACUGCUGUCCCUCUACAUCGGCAUGGAGGUGGCGAUCGCGGUGGCGUCCGUGGUGGGCAACGUGAUGGUGGUGUGGGCGGUGAGGAUUAACAAAUCCCUGCGGGACACCACCUUCUGUUUUAUCGUGUCGCUGGCGCUGGCUGACAUCGCGGUCGGGGCGCUGGUCAUCCCACUGGCCAUCACUAUCAGCAUCGGGCUGCAGACGCACUUCUACAGUUGCCUGCUGGUCGCCUGCAUGGUUCUGGUUCUCACGCAAAGUUCCAUCCUGGCGCUGCUCGCCAUCGCCAUUGACCGUUAUCUGAGGGUCAAGAUCCCUACCAGGUACAAGCAGGUGGUGACGCCCCGGCGAGCGGGCGCGGCCGUGGUGGUAUGCUGGACGGUGGCUUUUGUGGUGGGCCUAACCCCCAUGCUGGGCUGGAACAACCUCAAACGUCUGCAGCAAAACGGCUCCAUCGACUCCGACCUGGUUGUCACCUGCCAGUUUGAGAACGUCAUCAGCAUGGACUACAUGGUCUACUUCAACUUUUUCGGUUGGGUGCUGCCGCCGCUUCUGCUCAUGCUGCUGAUCUACGCCGAGAUCUUCUACAUGAUCCACAAGCAGCUCAACAGCAAGAAGCUGACCGGCAGCCACACUGACCCCAACAAGUACUACGAUAAGGAGCUCAACCUGGCCAAAUCCUUGGCGCUAGUCCUCUUUCUCUUUGCCGUCAGUUGGCUCCCCUUACACAUCAUCAACUGCAUGACGCUCUUCUGCCCUGAGUGCCAGACGCCCAUCCUCCUCCUCUACAUCGCCAUCCUGCUCACCCACGGCAACUCUGCCGUCAACCCCAUCAUCUACGCCUUCCGCAUCAACAAGUUCCGCACGGCCUUCCGUAAGAUCUGGCAUCAGUAUUUCUGCUGCAAGGACACACCCACUCUGGAGAUGCAGCCCAGUGACAGGAGGUGGCAAAGCGUCAAUCCCGACCCAGGUCGAAUGUCGCCCCCGAGGCUCCUGCAUGAUGGCGGCCGUGUGCCCGACGCCCUGCAGCCUCAGAACCAAAGCAGUGAACCUCUACAGUUGAAAGAACACCCGCCCCUAUUGGAGCAGAAUGCCAUUUAGCGCAAGGAAUGAGGAUUAACCUUCAAAGCACAAGAACCCUGGCAUGUGUUCAUGAGGUGACUGAGACAAUCCUUGCAAACCACAGCAACAGGAUUGCUCUUUACUCAGGAUGAGCGCGAUGACAUGGACCUUUUGACCAUGACGUAUUUCUGGGUGGCUACAGCUCAAGUAAUCUUGGAGGGCACCGCUUGUAAACAUUUGACUAAAGCAGAGCGAUUGAGGAAACAGGGUCAAUGGCUUAAAUCAUGAUUUUAGCCUUCCUUUUCUUAACCAGUGUAGCUUAAAUGUGAGUCAUGAAGAUGAUGUUACGUGAGAUGAACUGCUUUAAAGGCAGACUCAGUGGUGAAAGGACUUUACUAUUAAAUGGGAAGUUCAUUCAAAAAAAGACGUGGUGGGAACUUCAACACUGUGGUUAACAUGAUCCUCGAAGGACUGGCUAAUCAAUUGACGUGCUGCUCAGAUUCUUGACACAGGCUCUUUUGACAGGGAAAUGCAUCACACUGUAGCGCUGACGUGAGCUAGAAAGCUAGCCGUGAUGUUUUGCUAGAUUAAGCUAGGACAACCCAAUCAAACAUUUGCAGUCCACAAACGAUGACGAGGUUCGAUUCCUAGUCCAUCCCUUUAGACAUGGCAACAAAUACAACAAGAAGAAUUUACGAUAUAAACUUGAUUUAUCCUACUCACAAUUUGUUGUGAAGGACUUGGAAAAUAUUUCUUUUUAGGGUUUUUCAAAAUCAGGAUCGCCUUUAUUGUCAUUGUAUAUAAUGCAAUGAAAUUUGCGAACAAAACACAAUAGUUAGUACCCUGGCGUGUAUGUUUACAAACAUUAUGAGAAGGUCUAUAAAUUUGCAAUAAUUUCCUAAUACGAUGACAGUGACCUGACGUCAGUCGUCGUGUGUCAAGGCAUGGGGUUCUCAAACUUUUUGGGUCUGGUUGGAUCCUCACAGAGGAUUCAUCAUAAUCCUCGCUUUAGCUGAACAUAAGUUUUAGCAAUAAAAAGAAAUGCUUAUUUACACCGCAGGGGGAAGUCUUGAUGGCACUAUAAAUUAAUAUUGAUGAUAUUUCACAAGUAUAUCAGAGCUUUUAAUUAGCCCAAAGCUAAGGUAAUGAGAAGUUAUUGGAUUUUUUUUUUUUUUUGGGCAUGUCACCCACCGCAUUUGAAUGAUAUAACAUGAUAAUUUAUUGCAAAUUAUUUUUCAGACUCCCUUGUGGACCCCAGUUUGAGAACAACUGUUUACCCUUAGAGAAAUUAAGCUUGAAGUUGUUUACUUCAUUUUUGUGCAUUGUUUAGUGCAGAAUGUGGAAAUCGAUGUAAAUGACAAAAUACAAAAUCAAGAGGGAAAGUUCUCUGUCAGACUGGCUAUACACUGCAUCAAUUAUAUGGAACAAUUCAGCUUUGCAUCAAGGUAGAAAAAAAUGCAAAUCAAAUCCCCUCAGGGUUGAAGAGACAUUUACAUUCACUUAAUACCCAAAACAGGAGCAUAGCACCCAUGGGGCACGCUGGCGUCUCAGCACUCACACACGAGCGACGAAUGUGAGUGUUGCUGUGAGUCAGACCAGGUGUAAUUAUUUUGGGGGUCGUUGCUAAUUUGAAGACCCUUUAAAGUGAAUCGAGAGAUUUGUUUCUGAAUACAUGCCUGAUGAUAAUUGCUGAAAACGUGCAAAGAAUCAGAAUUAUGUAGUGCUGAAUUGUGUCGCGUUAAAUUGUUUGUCACCAAUUCAGAUCUCCUGAUUUUUUAGUCUCCCCUCCCCCAUAAUAUGAAAACCUUUCUUCCCAUUAUCACGCGUUACCAGGCGCAAUAGGUAGCACAUACCCGAAA